AUCAGAUGUCCGCCAUUUUGAAAAUUGUGUAGUCCUUCAAGAACUUUUAAAUCAGAAGUCGUUGCUUAAUAUUCAACCAUGGCUUACCGUCCGCCACAGCAACAACGGCUAUUACCUCCUCCAAUGCCUGUACUAUCUAUUUCAGGGAAUAUGCCGCCAGGAAUUCCUCCAACUAUAACUAAUGUUUCACUAUCUAUACCACCACCUCCUGUACCACCAAGUUACCCUGGUAUGGGAUUCCCUGUUCCACCACCUUUACCACCACAAGCACCAGGUAUACUCCCUCCUCCAAUUCCUCCACCAGGCACAGCUAUGCCAGGGAUUCCAGCAGCACCUAUGAGUACAAGUUCUAGUACCCCAUCUACUAUUGUCAGACCUCCAGUUCCAAAGGGAGGUACACCAAAUUCUAAUAAUCAAAACAAAGAAAAUAAAUCGUCGACUCCUUCAAAUCCCACUACUACAGUAUUUGUUGGAAAUAUAACAGAUAGAGCAUCCGAUGCUAUGAUUAGACAAAUUCUUAUGAAAUGUGGGAUUGUUGUGAGUUGGAAACGAGUACAAGGAGCAAAUGGAAAGUUACAAGCAUUUGGUUUUUGUGAGUACUCUGAUCCUGAGGCAAGUUUACGAGCUAUACGACUGUUACACAAACUUCAAGUGGGAGAAAAAAACCUUGUUGUAAAAGUAGAUGCCAAGACAAAAGUAUUGCUUGAUGAAUACAAGGCAAGCAAGAAAGAAAAAAUGAAAGCCAGUGGUAACAGUAGCAGUAGUAGUGGCGGCAGUGAUAAGAAGGAGGAUGGUGAAGCUGAAGAUGAAGAAGAUGACCUUGAUGACGAAACACUAGCAGAAGAUCAAAAAUGCAGAAAAGCUUUGAUGGGACUGCUAAAUGACAAUGCUGAUGUAUUAAAUGGAAAAUUUGAUAGCUUUACUGAUAUACUACGUCCAUCCCAUAGUGGCAGAGAGGAAAAUCUAGAGGGUUUGGAUAUGGACCAAAGCAAGAAAUCUUUAGUGUCAAGAGAAAUCAAGAUCUUUAGGGAUUCGUACCGAAAGGAAGACAAAAAGAGAGAAGAAGAAAAGCGGGAUAGAGAAAGAGAUUCAGACCGGGAGAGGAGCAGAGACCGCAAGCGGGAACGAAGCGAAGAUAGACUAGAAAAAUCUUCCCGGGAAAGCGAGCGUGACCGUGACAGAGACCGUGAUCGUGACCGUGAUCGUGACAAAGAUCGUGACAGAGAUAGUGGCCGAAGUCGGGAUCGCAAUCGUGACCGCGAUCGUGAUCAGGAUCGUGAUCGGGAUCGGGACAGAAAUCGCGAGAAAACAGAGCCUGAUCGUGCUAGAAGUCGUGACAAAAGUCGUGAUCGGGAUCAUGAGGAGUCUGAUUCGUUUGAAAAAAGACGGCUCGAAAGAAAAAUGCGCGAAAGGGAUUUAGCUUACCAAGAGCGCUUAAAAGUGUGGGAAGCAAGAGAAAGAAAAAGAUUACGUGAAUACGAAAGAGAAUACGAAAAAGAACAAGAAAAGAAAGAUGAACAGGCAAGAGAACGAAAACACUUACUGGAAUUCCUUGAAGACUAUGACGAUGAACGGGAUGACCAGAAAUAUUUCAAGGGUAGUUCGUUGCUAAGACGUCGAAAAGAUCGAGAGUUAGAAAUAGAAUCCGACGACAGAGAUAGACAACGAGAACUCGAAGAAAUAGAAGAAAUACGAAAGCGAAUAGUGGACCAACAGCCAGAUGACGACAUGACGGAGGAGAGAGAAACAAGUGAAAAAGAAGAACCCAUGGAGGAAGAUGGUUAUAAGCCCGCCCUGAUGCCGACCUUUAAACCCGCCACACAUGUACAUGUGGAAGCUGCUCCCGCAGUGCGGUCACCCAGUCCUGAACCUGAACCUGAACCAGUGGCUGCUGGACCACCCCCUAAAAGAGCCCGAGAAAAUGGAGUAGAAACAUCAGAACCUCCUGUGAAGAAGACCUUUGGAUUCGAAAUGAAAUUACCGACUAACCUGCCUGCUUCAACCCCAGCUGAUCGUAAGAAACUAGAAGCCGUCUUUGGUAACCAGGACGAGGAGAGUACAGAGUCGACCAACGGCAAGCGAAAACUGGUUCCACUGGACUACGAGGAAGACAGCGAGGCAGCAGAACUGCAAAGCGCUGAAGAUAAGAAACGUAAUAUAAAGUCACUUAUUGAGCGUAUUCCUACCGCAAAAGAGGAACUCUUUGCGUAUAACUUGGAAUGGAGUAUCGUCGACCAGACUUUAGUAGAUCAUAGAAUACGACCCUGGAUCAACAAGAAGAUCAUUGAAUAUAUCGGCGAAGAGGAACCAACUCUAACAGAAUUUAUAUGCGGGAAGGUUCUAGCCGGUAGUUCACCUAAAAGUAUACUUGAUGAUGUGUCUAUGGUACUCGAUGAAGAAGCAGAAGUCUUCGUGGUCAAAAUGUGGAGACUGCUGAUCUACGAGACAGAAGCCAAGAAGAUUGGGUUGGUCAAGUAGCGUUAGACCUCUUAAAUUAACUAUUCAGUAGAUGUAAAUAUGAUUACCGUAUGGCGGGAAACUAGGUGUGAUUUUUGACGCCAAGAUCGACUCGUUUCCAGGUCCUUACUGAAUCCAAGAUGGCGGCUGUUAAACUUCCCCCAUCCGUAUGUUCAAUGCAAAAAUUCACUUUCCUCCCCCCUCCCCCACGCAGAAUUUUUGGUAUAAAAGGAUAAGUAUGAAUCUAGAACAGGUUUUAACAAUUCAGAAAUCCUGCAAGCUUCUCGCAAAAAUCCCUCUAAUUUUUGUCGUCCUUUCAUCUAACCUCGGAGAGAGAAAAAAAACGCUUUAUAUUUUGUUGUGCUGGCAGAUUUCUUUCCAACACGCUCAAUUUAUUAUUGAUCUUAUUAUUGAAUUCUUACAGACUUAUAGUAAAUCCAGUCAAUUCCCUGCAUUUUUCCCUUUAUCCAAAAAAACCCAGCGGAGUCCCUGUAGUUUUUGCCUUUCUUUCAUCCAUUUUCCUCGUCAUUUCUUAUGUGUUACUCCAAGAGCCCAUGUUCUCUUGGUUUCUCAUAAUCAAAUAAAUCGUCUUUUAGCUUAA